UCAAAGCAAGAACGGCCAAGCUUGAAGAGUUUGAAGCAACGGCUAAGAACGAUAUACCAGAAUUAAGGAAGUCUUGCAGUUUCAAUGGCGACAAGUGUAAGGAGCAUCGAGAUUCGUUAAAGAAGCAGAUGGAGGAGCAAAAUAAAAGAAUAACCUCUCUGAUUGAGAGCGAGAGAAAGCUCACCGACCAAAUAAACGACAUCACCUCCAAGAACCUCUACCUUGAAGCUUAUUCUAGGAGAGAGAAUAUCAAAUUUUUUAAUAUCCCAGAAGUACGAGAAGAAGAUACCGAAGAAGUGUUAAGAAAUUUUAUGGAAAGAGAUCUUGGCUACCGCAACGCCCGCAGCGUUGAAAUCCAACGUGUACACCGUCUAACAACCCGACGGAAUAGCCACACAGCUCCACGUCCUAUAAUUGCCAGACUUCUUCGAUAUAAAGAUGUCGACGAAAUUUUCUCUUUAGGCCGACGACUAGAAGAGACUGAUAUCCAAAUGUUCCGCGAUCUUCCAUUAGAAAUCAUCAAGCGCCGGAAAGAUCAAAUGGCAGUUUUCAAAGAAGCACGACGACAAGGCUUGAGGGCAUCUUUCAGCAAGAGCCAGCCCGAGAAGUUGUUUAACAAUGGCAAAUUCUGGCCUCAGGGCAAACGUCUAGAUGCAGCAGAAGAGGCAGAUGAGUAACUGUGUUUAAUAAUUAUACCUCAGAACUUUACUUUCUCUAUUUAUAAAUCUUAGGUGGCGGGCGGCUUAGCUGUCCGACAAUAAUUACUCGAUCCGGUUUUCACAUUUCGUGCCCGCUAGUCACUUGAACCCCAAACUGAUUAGGAUUUUUUAUAUUUUUGUUUAUGCUGUGUUUUUUUAUUACUUGCUUAAUACUUGCGCUUUGAUAUGUUUAUAUAUAACCGUUUGUGUUUUCGUGUCACCAGCUUGCUCUUCGCAUUAUUACAAUGCUGUUUUGUCGACUCCAGUAUGCAUUGCUAUAUAAACUAUCUCGCUAAAAAUAUUUGUAGAUUUUUCGCGUACAAUUUCUUUCAAAGCUUAAAAAAUACAAUUUCUGAACUGUAUGCAAAACAUUUUCGUCCGGCCAUAACGCUGUUAUUGUCGAACAAUCAAGCAGUGCAGAUAUCCAUUGUAUCUCCUAUUGUUUCAAUACAAAACAGAUAACAAUACUAUCACGGUAGCUUCUCUCAAUGUACGGGGCCUUGGGAAUAAUGCUAAAAGAAGAGAAACUUUUAAUUGGCUCGGAUCUAAAAAAUAUUCGAUUUACAUGCUGCAAGAAGUACAUUGUUCGCAAGAAAAUUCUCACCUAUGGGCUACUGAAUGGAGGUACAAAAGCCUUUUCAGCUCUUUUUCUAGCAGCAAAGCUGGCGUAAGCAUUCUUUUUAAUAA